UUGACGCACGUACUAAUUUCUCAAGACAAACAAUUAAAUUUAGGCCACUUUUAUUAAGAAUUUGUUUAAAUUACUUACUAUCAAGUUUUAAAAUGAAGUACUAUUAUGGAUAUAUUCUGGAUUCUAUCAACGAAGACUGGAAACGUAUAUAUACUGCAACGCUUUCUAGAACAUCCUUGCAGAAUAUAUCCAAGGUGUACAUAGGAGAAACGUUGACUGGGCACAUGAUCCACACUGUGGCACAGAGUGUGCGCGAGGACAUUAGCAAAAUAGUUGUUGAGGCCGUGAAGUAUGCGCGACGGACGCGUUCCUCAAAAGUGAAAAUGGAGCACUUGUUAUUUGCAUUGGAGGAGCAUAAUAUUAAUUUGGACCUUCUACACCUGAAUUACACCUGGCCGGAAUCCGAAGAUAAAGAGGACACCGUGUCGACGUCUCGAGUAAUAAAACGAAAAUAUCAACUGCCUCUGGACACAGCUUCAAUAAGAGGACGCUCAUUGACGCCAGAGGCGAGAGCCCUUACGGCUCCAACAAGUGCUCCUAAGCACUGGCUAAAGCGGGAGCAAGUGUUGCUGAUGGGAAACAAAAAGUUUCCCUUAUCGAAGGAACAGCAAGAGUUCUUUGUACUGAUCACAGAAACUUGCAUGGGCAUCUCCGAGCCAACACGUCGAGACGCACUACAGCGACUAAGUUUCGACUCGUCGCUGCAACCAAUGCUGCCCAAGCUAAGUCUGUUCAUCGGCGAGGCUGUCAAAGUAAACGUGGUGCAACAGAACUUCGCCCUGCUGUUAUAUUUAAUGCGAAUGGUGCACAGUUUGCUCGUCAAUUCCAAUGUAAAGCUUCAGAACUAUCUACAUCUUUUCAUACCAGCGGUGCUCUCAUGUACCGUGUCACGGCAGGUUUGUGCCUUUCCGGCAGUUCAAAAUCAUUGGGCGCUGCGGGAAUACGCAGCCAACAUUAUGGCCGAGCUUGUGAAGACUUUCGACAGCGACGACAAUAGUAUUAUGCCAAGAGUUAUUAAUAUUUAUAAGGCUGGUCUUCAAAGUUCAUCCUUAACAACGAUUUACGGCUCUCUCAUUGGGCUGAGCAAGAUGGGAAAGUAUGCGGUACGUGGCUGCGUCAUACCACAAAUCCGUGCUAUAUCCGCCAUAAUUGAAAUGCAUCUCACCAAGGAAGAAUCCGAUAAUGAUCUCAAUAAACAAGCGGCGAUUUACAUACGGCAUAGACUUUUGAAGAUGUCUGCUCCAAUUCUUAAAAACAUGCAUGAACCGCCUGAUAUUCUUGAGCAAUAUUCGCGAAAAUAUGGAUUUCUAGGUUGUUCAUUAUAUGAUGCCGUUGUAUUGGAACGUAUUAUGGAUGAUGUGGUUGAAGAGGUCGAUGAGGAAAAGUUAUCAGCCGAAAUUGCCGCAAUGGAUUCCUAGUUCAUAAAGCUGUGCAAAAUA